CGGUGGCAGUCAGAGCUCAGCACUCAGUUGAAGCGCUACGUAUUACGUGUAGGUGUGUCUGCUGGGUUGUGGGUGUCUGUUCGUGCGUGUUUGUGAUCAAUAGAAGAAGCAACAACAAAAAGAAAAGCAGCAGCAGCAGUAGCAACAGGAGCAGCAACUGCAACCAAGCGUCGCUUGUUGUGUCUGUACCGUGUGUCCUAUCAGUGCCAGUGAUUCCCCGGGAGGGGGUGCAUUUUGUGUGGAGUGUUUUAGGGGGCUCUCGUGCCUGCUGAUUACGUCGUGCACUGUGUUUACGUCUUGUUUGUAGCGUUUGCAAUCACCAAUAGCUUCGCGCUCUCUCUCUUUCUCUUUCUAUCUCUCUGUAAACCAAACGCGACAAUCACAAAGCAACUGCCAAGAUGAGCGCACGCCGAGGACUUCGUACGCGCGUCUACGACGCCAACAUGAGCAUGGUGGAGAACAACUACAAGGCGGCACUGGAGCGCCUGGAAAGGAGCCGUCGUGCCACUUCUCUUGAGCGUGAAGCGAAGCCACGUGCCUCACCGUUCACUGGAGGCGCUUCCGCUGCUCUCGCCAACCGGUACGACUUCAACGGUUCCAUCGUCGAUGAGGAACUGCAGGCCGCCCGUAGCCGUGCCUCGAAGGUGAUCCACGAGAAGUCGGUCAUCGAUCAGCGGGCUGAGCAGUUCCGCAGCACCAGCCUGGCACCGGCUCCCCUCAACUCGGUGCUGCUCGAGAACGAGUUCGACGAUCAGGUUCAGGCCACCCUCGAUCGGAUCCGGGCAAGCAAAACGCUCCUCAGCCAGCUGCAGUCGGAUGAUGCGCUGGAAUCGUACCGCAGUGAUACACGCUCGAAGCUGAGCGAACAGACGGCACGGAAGCUGGCGGAGAAGGCUGUGUCGAACUAUGACGACGAGGAGUUUGCAUCGACCGGUAUGACCACGCGGAAGGCACUUAAGAUUCGUGCGACGAGUGAGCUGCAGAGCACGACCAAGAGCAGCAGCAGCAGCAGCAAGUGGCAGGACGAGACGGCGGAAUCGUACGCCAGCAAGCGGGCCAAUGCGACCCGGGCCCGGCUCCAGGACAUUGAUCAGGAGAUUGAGGAUUUCGAGCAGAAGCAGGCGGCCCGGGCACGCCGCUCGGCUCAGCUGAAGCAGUUGCUGGCCGAAACGGCCGCCGAAGACAUUGUACCGGCCAGCCAAAGUGCCCACGCGGACGGUACCAAGAUCACCACCGGGGUGGUCAAGUUUAAGUCCACGCAGAAGAAGAUGGUUAGCUUUUAAGGAGGGGCCAGGACGAGAGAGAGAGAGAAAGAGCGCGCGUAUGUGAAGGUUCUGUUGGAUUCUGGAGGCUGUGGUCCUCCGCUCCCAUUCUUUCUUCUUCCUCCAUUCUCCACUCCAUUUUGUGUGUAUGUGUGUAUGUGUGUUGCGCACUUCUUUAAAUACAUUACGCGAUCCCGUAAAGUGUUAGGCAAUUUUAGCUGGUAAGAGGUUGUAGUUUCGUUUCGCAGAAAAAAAGUCAAGACAGCCCCCGCCACGGGAAAUCGCCACCACAAACCCCUCGCACCGAUGUUCCGAUGACGCAGGCGGCAAUCGAUCAUCUCGAUCACUCCCGAUAGCAGCCGCAGCAGCAGCGUCUGCUGGCAGUUAGUAGGAAGUGGCAUGUUGACGACUUAAAAAUACCACAUUCGCGAGUCGGACCGGCGUUCCGCGUUAGAUUACGUCAGACAGGCGGACGGUCGGUGCCGCCCUCACGUGUUUGCCGGUGCUCUAUCUGUGCGUGUGCUCGGGGAGAGUGUUUGUGUGCCAAACCAAGAGGUAUCAAUGGAAGACAGCGCGAGAACAGGCGAAACGGGCGUAUAUAAUGCAUAAAAUAAAUUAUGUU